AUGGUAAUCGUUAACAGUAAUAUUUUUUCAGAAAAGGCACCUUUUGUGGUUGCAAUAUUCGCAAAACUGGUACGUAAAAUACUGAAAGUCGAAACAUGAAAAGGGAAAAAUAGUUUUCAGUCGGCAAUCUUCAAUUUCCAAAGCCUCAUCUCAGUUAUUCUUCUCCUUAUUUGCACGUGUGCUUACGUCAGGGCUUUUGCGCCAAGAGUGAUCGAUAGAAACAAGGAAGGGUGAGUUGUCACGCACUUUUGGCGACUUUCCGAAAAACUACUUGUUUUCAGACUUCUCGGAGUAUUCUGGAAGUGUGCCCGAAUCGGCGAGCGUCUCAGUCCCUGGGUCUCGAUCAGUUGUUUCUGCAUGGCCUUUGUCGUGCUUUUCCUUUAA